AUGACCAGCGCUAAUGAGAAACAGGAAGCAAGGGAAAGAGUAGAGGAGUCGAGUGCGUGGGAGGAGAGCCUGCACCCUGGAAGGCAGCUUCCUGCUCGCCUUUCGCCAGUGUACCAGCUCCGCCUGGACAUCCAGGUGAACCUCUCCACCAUCCAGUCGUCUGUAGCCACACCGUCUCCAGUGAGGUCUGAAUCCCAGCCUCGGGGAGACCCAGCAGGAAAAGUGCUCGCAGAAGCCCUGGGCCUGGUGUGGUGGCCUGAAGACAGCACACGCUGCUGGCAGCUCCUGGCUCUGAACAGGCCGUGCGGCUACUGGGCUGACCUGGACCCGCGCCAGAGACUUGGCCAGAAAGGGGGGCGGGAUGGGUCCUCUGGUGCCCACUGGGCUUGCCUUGUGAGCAGUGGUGAGCAGUGUGAGUGUGUGGACACGCCUCGCUCCCCAGGUCACGUCUUCCUGGAGGAGUUUGCCGAAUGA